AUGCCGCGCCAAUUCCAAUUCGUCACCGUAUCGAAUCCGACGGGACCUGUCCCCUUGGAGUCGCGGAAGCUGAGCCAUUCGCACGUAACUCGUGAAGCCCAUGCCAAAGAAAGACGUCUGCGGGUACAAAGAUACCGAAAAGAAAUGAUGCAGUCUCCCACCGAACGCCUGGCCGGUGCCGAAACACCAAGCCCUCUGGUCCGGAUUCCUGAGCAUUGCAAGACCCUCUUUUCAGCAUCGGCACCGUCUCUAUCCUCCCAGGAGCACUUCUUGCUGGAUCAUUAUAUCCGAAUUGUCGUGCCCUACUCGGCCGUGCACUGCGGCUUAUUCGACUACCCCGGUGACCAUGGCCCCGACGACCACACAAGGGAGAUCCUACAAGACUGGGUGGGUCUUGCCAUGACAGACAAGGAUCUCCUAGACACGGCUCUCCUCCUCAGAUCGUGCCGGAAUAUUCUACGUAGCAAACCUGGCGAUCCAGUCAUGACGCAGAUGGCCCUCCAGUAUAGGCAUAAAGGUCUCCAAUCAUUGCGGCUGGCACUUGUCAAGCCUGUCAGUAUCGUAACAGUCGCCAUGGCCUUUGCGCUAGUGUUUGAUGAGGAAGUAUUUGGUGAGAUUAAAAUAGCCAGACAGCAUCUACGAGGCGUGUUUUACAUGGCUGAACUUAGCGGAGGCUUGCGAAGUCUUGGUCUCUCAGAGCUGCUGGAGCGUAUAUACUGGAGGUUUGUAACCAGAAGGGAACUUGGCGACGUGGAUUUGUUAUCAUUUGCCGAUGCUGCAGGCAAGUUAUUCGCCAAGCGUUGGUAUUUCCUACUUGGACUCAGCAGCACGACAUCAUACGUUCAUGAUCCACCCACCACCCAUUCAAUCCAAGCUCUCCUCGACCCUGUUAUGCCUUCCGUUGAAGCAACUAUUCCCUCCGGCUCCUUGGUCCUCGUGACCGGCGCUACAGGCUUCGUCGCCUCCCACGUCACCCGCCAACUCCUGGAGCGCGGCUACAAAGUCCGAGGCACCGUUCGCGACCUAGCUCAAGCAUCAUGGCUCAUUGAUAACCAUUUCAAGUCGUAUUCAGAGAGCGGCCAUCUUGAACUCGUCGUCGUCUCUGAUCUCGUAGCCGAUGGCGCAUUCGAUGAAGCAGUCAAGGGAGUAUCAGCCAUUGCCCACAUUGCAACCAUCUCUAAUCUGGACCCCGACCCACACAACAUCAUUCCUCAAACAGUCACUGGCGCGACAGGAAUCUUGAAGUCUGCCAUCAACGAACCCUCAGUUCGGCGAGUCGUGUUUACCAGCUCCAUCAUGGCCGCCGUCCUGCCAAUUGCUGGCAACGACACUCGGGUUGACGAUGGCACUUGGAACGAGGCGGCCGUUGAAGCUGCUUGGGCCCCUCCUCCGUAUGAGCCGUCCCGUACCCUGAUCACUUAUGCCGCCAGCAAAGUCGCUGCCGAGAGGGAAGUUUGGAGGUUUAUCAAACAAGAAAAGCCUCACUACACGCUCAAUGUCAUCUGCCCCUCGGGUAUAAUCGGCGAACCCCUUCACAAGAAGCAUGCCGAGGCACCCACCAACUGGAUAGCCACGCACUUCAGGAGGGACAAGACAUAUCUAGAUGCAUUUCCUGCUGCAUUUUUUAUCGAUGCCAAGGACAUUGCACUCCUGCAUGUCGCGGCCAUCCUAGAUCCCCAAGUCAAGAACGCACGUCUACAUAGUUGGGGGCAUAGCUCUAACUGGAACGAAUUUCUUGCUGUUCUCCGUGAGGUCCGCCCCCAGAGGGAGUUUAUUGCCGACUACCCCGACCCUUACCAUGUCACAAUCUCCACUGACCAGUCUGACUCUGUGGCCCUCUUGAAGCGGUGGGCCGGCCAGGAAGGUUGGAGGCCGCUGAAGGAUAGUAUCGUUGAGAGCAUCGAUAACCCAUACUUCCAAUUAUAG